AUGCAUUACGGAUCGCGUGUGGGACGGGUGCUAGGGAUCUUGGAGUUCGCACUGGCGGGGACCACAGAGGGAUUGAGUCAUGAGAUCCUGGCAAGGGCGAAUAUGGAGUUGGAGGUUGGAGCGUUGGUGAGGGAUAUUGAAGCAGAGACGGGAAUCAUGAGAGAUGGGAAUCUGAACCAGAAUGUGAAUGUGAAUUGGGGGAUCGGGGUGCAGAAUAUGGCGGGGAAUUCGCAUGGCGCUGGAAAUUGGAAUUGGAAUGGGAAUGAGAAUGCGAACGCGAAUGCGUAUUACAUGGGCAUACAAGCUGCUGCUGCUGCUGCUGCGACUGCUGGAGGAGGUAAAGUCCCCCUCACCACCCCUACUCCUAACAAACCCUCACAGACUUUCUUUUUCUUCUCCCCGUCCAGUCCUAUCGAACCUACACACCACCCUACACCACCAUGUCCGGGGCGCCACCACCCGCCCAACAGUCCCAUCAUCAUCAUCAUCAUCAUCAUCAUCAUCAUCAUCAUCAUCAUCAUCAUCAUCAUCAUCAUCAUCAUCAUCAUCAUCAUCAUCAUCAUCAUCAUCAUCAUCAUCAUCAUCAUCAUCAUCAUCAUCAUCAUCAUCAUCAUCACUUCACCUUCCCACACGAAACCAGCAUCAACGACCCAAACCUCUACGCCAACCAACAGCCCUACAUGCAGCCACUGA